AGGUUGUUGGAGCCGCCAUGCCAAAGUCAUUAAGUCGGCACUUGGGAGCAACCUCCCUCACUUCCAAACACACCCAUUUCUUUCAGAAAUUGAUAUGUCACGAAGGCAAGGUGUCCAUAAAUCAGUCAAACUCAUGCUGCUCGGACCCACAAGCCAAACAAGGAGUGUGGACAGCUGCGAGUGGACAGGUGUGCACAUCCUCACCUGCGGGCUAAAGAGAUCCAGUCUUGACGUUAGUCCACAUCUCAACUGAGAAGGACGGGAACCACAAAAAGAAAGCCCAGGCAGAGCCGACAAGAGGCCUCAGCAUUUGGAAACUGUACCGAACCCAACACUGACGAGUGUUAAACAAACAUGAGCAUGGGGAGUCCAGGCUGUGAACACACUGGCUGCGUGGUGCACUCGCCUCUCUACAUCAGCCAACCCCUCACCGACACCAGGAUGUCCUGGCCGGACGAGGCGGAGGACGUCAAACCGCCCCGCGGCCUGUUGGGGCUGCCGGAGCUCAGCUGGCCGGGGGUCUACCUCCCUUGCUACGACAGACUAGCUAUGGAGGAGAACCCCUGGAUGCUGAGGAUGACAGAGGCCCCGGCUCCUGUCGCUCCUCCCUCCAGGACACUAGAGCCCAGCCCGGCCAAGCCCAGCCUGCCCCAGGAGCCCCCCUCGGAGAUGGAGGGUCAGGUGGAGGAGCGCUGUCUGGAGCAGGUCCAGACCAUGGUGGUAGGGGAAGUGCUGAAGGAUGUCGACACGGCGUGCAAACUGCUAAACAUCGCCCCAGACCCGCUGGACUGGAGCUACGUGCACGUCCAGAAGUGGCUCCUCUGGACCGAGCACCUGUACCGGCUGCCGCAGGUCAGCACCAUGUUUCAGGAGGUGAGCGGGAGAGAUCUGUGCUCCAUGACGGAAGCAGACUUCAGGCAACGCUCCUCGCAGUUUGGAGACAUGCUGUAUGCUCACCUGGACAUCUGGAGGUCUGCUGAAGCGAUGAAGGAGUAUUGCCCACCGGAAGACAGCAAAUCUGCAGCGGAUGAUCCCUGGUCAGAUGUGAUGCGCACCUACCCCAGCCAGCCCAUACACCUGUGGCAGUUCCUCCGAGAGCUGCUCCUCAAGCCUCACAACUACAGCCGCUGCAUCCGCUGGCUUAACAAAGAGAAAGGGAUUUUCAAAAUAGAAGACUCGGCUCUCGUAGCCAGGCUAUGGGGCAUCAGGAAGAACCGGCCGGCCAUGAACUAUGACAAACUGAGCCGCUCCAUACGCCAGUACUACAAGAAAGGCAUCAUUCGAAAGCCCGAUGUAUCGCGCCGACUGGUCUACCAGUUCGUCAACCCCGUAUGAUGAAGAGGAUCGGCUGAUCUCAAGACAACGUGCUGAGGGGGAACCAAAGAUAUGCUGGACAUACAAUCGGAGUGACAUGAAUCCUGAAGCUUGUUAUUAUUAUACUAAAUGUUUCAUUUCAAUUGUAAAGACUGCCUAUGCUGAACUUUGCACUCCUGCCUAUCAUCACUCUACUUUAUUAUUCUCAAUCAUUAUUUUCAUUUUAUUUCAUCUUUAUCACUCGUGUUUGAAUUUUUUUUUUUUUUUGGGGGGUGUGAGGUUUGAUUUCUCAAAAAGGAUAUUUUCUUAUUAUUAUCGAAAACAUUUGAAAGAAAUGUGUGCUUAUUUGCUUUAUUGUGGAGAUUUAGAUGAGAGGCUCGAUAUCGUUCUCAUAUGUCUUAUACUUGUGCAGCUGUUUUCCAGACUGGUCUGGAAACAGCUGACCUUCUCAUCCAACUCUUGGCGAGAAAGCAAACUAGCAUCAUUUCCCAAAAUGUCACUAUGUCUUUAAAUUCAACUUUUUUACAAUGACACUUAUUGAUAUUAAGUUGUCAGAGUAUUUGGAAAUUGCAGAGCAAUGCAAAUGUAAGUGGAUAUCUUAUAAAAGUAGCCUUGAUGGAUAAUACUUUUUACAUUUAUAUCUUUGGAAUUUAUG